CUCCCACUCGAGUGGCAUAUUGGUGAGAAAAAGCCUCGUUUGUCUCACAGGAAGAAGUUGAAAACAUGCAGAAACGCUUCAGUUAGAGGAUUCACAACACAAAAGUCAUUAACGCGGCGCGUCUCUUCUCUGGACGCCUGGAUUAAAAUGCGUUACUGUCAGGGCGAAGAAACAAGUGGAUUGAUACAUUGAGUCGCCUGAACACAUUGCGCUGGGUCACAGUGCUCAAGUAUCAGAUAAACUACUGAAAAACCUGCAGAAAUGUCGGAACACAGGUCUAGUUUCCUUCACAUUGGGGAUAUCGUGUCGCUGUAUGCGGAGGGAACUGUCAAUGGAUUUAUCAGCACUUUAGGGUUGGUGGAUGAUAGAUGUGUAGUGCAACCUGAGACUGGGGAUCUUACAAACCCACCGAAAAAAUUCAGAGAUUGUCUCUUCAAAGUGUGUCCUAUGAAUCGGUACUCUGCACAGAGACAGUUCUGGAAGGCCAAACAGGGCAAGCAUGGGAACAACACACAGGCCGAUCUCUUCAAGAAAUUACAGCAUGCAGCAGAACUGGAGCAGAAACAAAAUGAUUCCGAGAACAAGAAACUGCUGGGUGAGGUUGUCAAAUACAGUCGGGUUAUACAGCUUCUCCAUAUUAAGAGUAAUAAGUACCUGACCGUGAACAAGCGUCUCCCGGCGCUGCUGGAGAAGAAUGCCAUGCGUGUGUCUCUGGACCCUUCGGGAAACGAGGGCUCCUGGUUCUACAUCCAACCUUUCUGGAAGCUGCGCAGUGAAGGAGACAAUGUAGUGGUUGGAGAUAAAGUGGUUCUCAUGCCUGUAAAUGCAGGACAGCCUCUCCACGCCAGCAACAUUGAACUCCUGGACAACAGAGGCUGCAAAGAGGUAAAUGCGCUGAACUGCAACACUAGCUGGAAGGUGACGCUCUUCAUGAAGUUCAGUGAAUAUAGAGAUGAUGUUUUAAAAGGGGGGGAUGUGGUGAGAUUGUUUCACGCCGAGCAAGAAAAGUUUCUCACUUGUGAUGAAUACAAGAAGCGGCAGUAUGUAUUCUUGCGCACCACCCUCCGCCAGUCUGCAACCUCUGCCACCAGUUCAAAAGCACUCUGGGAAGUAGAGGUUGUCCACUAUGACCCGUGUCGAGGAGGCGCUGGCCAGUGGAACAGCCUGUUUCGGUUUAAACACCUCGCCACAGGACACUACCUUGCUGCAGAGGUGAAUCCUGAUUUCAAAGAUCGUACCGACAGUAUAACCACAAAAAAUGAGACCAACACAGAGUCUUUGUACUCUAAAAAGAAGUGGCAGGCUGACAAGAUCCCCUACACACUGGUUGCAGUGCCCCACGGCAAUGACAUCGCAUCUCUCUUUGAACUGGAUGCCACCACCUUACAGCGGGCAGACUGCCUGGUCCCCAGGAACUCUUAUGUGAGACUCAGGAACUUGUGCACAAAUACUUGGGUGACCAGUACUAACAUUCCCAUUGAUGUUGAGGAGGAACGACCAGUUAUGCUCAAGAUUGGCACGUGCCACAUGAAGGAGGACAAGGAGGCGUUCUCCAUUAAUUCUGUGCCCCUCUCUGAGGUCAGAGACCUGGACUUUGCCAAUGAUGCAAACAAAGUUCUGGAGUCAUUUGUACGUAUAUUGGGGAUCAGCAACUACGCUGCAGCAAAUGAACGCAGGUUUACUAUUAAGCUUUUGGAAGAUCUUAUCUUUUUUGUGGGUGAUGUGCCGAACAACGGACAGGACGUUUUGUCUGUGGUUAUAUCGAACCCCAACAGAGAGAGGCAGAAACUCAUGAGAGAGCAGAACAUCCUGGCACAGAUCUUUGGGAUUCUGAAAGCCCCAUUUUCUGAGGUUAAAGACUCACCCAUGCCAAAGCUGGAAGAUGUGGGUGAGCAGCGCAACUCUGCAUUUAAGUACAUGCUACAGUUGUGCUACAGAACCCUGCGCCAUUCCCAACAAGACUACCGCAAGAAUCAGGAGUACAUAGCCAAGAACUUUUCAAUCAUGCAGGCUCAGAUUGGCUAUGAAAUCUUGGCUGAAGACACGAUCACUGCUCUCCUGCACAACAACCGAAAGCUUUUAGAGAAGCACAUCACGGCACGUGAGAUCGAGACUUUUGUCAAACUUCUGCGCAGGAACCGUGAGCCCAGGUUUCUGGAUUACUUAUCUGACCUCUGUGUGUCCAACAAAACUGCCAUUCCUGUCACUCAGGAGCUGAUUUGCAAGUUCAUGUUGAACCCCACAAAUGCAGACAUCCUCAUUCAGACCAAACUGAUCCAGCACACAGAGACCUCUCUGGAGUCGUCUUUACUCCAUGAUGAUGUUGAGGAUGAAGAGGUGUGGCUGUACUGGAUUGAUCACCACAAAGAGCCUCAUGGGAAGUCCAUUCGCCACCUGGCACAGGAUGCCAAGGAUGGACAAAAGUUGGACACUGACAUCAUCACCUAUUACAGGUGUCAACUCAAUCUCUUUGCUAAAAUGUGCCUGGACCGGCAGUAUCUGGCCAUCAAUCAGAUUUCCAUUCCACUACCAGUAGAUCUAAUCCUGCGCUGCAUGUUCGACGACUGCCUGCCUUACAACCUGCGUGCCUCUUUUUGUCGUCUAAUGCUGCACAUGCAUGUGGACCGUGACCCGCAGGAGGCUGUGGUGCCUGUUCGCUAUGCUCGUCUCUGGACCGAAAUACCCUCCAAGAUCUCUGUCAAUGAGUAUGACUAUGAGUUCAGAGACACGUCCAGAGAAGAGAUGAAGAGAAAGUUUGCCCCUACUAUGCAUUUUGUAGACGAAUAUCUCAAAGAUGUGGUCAGUCAGCCUGAUCCAUUUGGAGACAGAGAGAAGAAUGAACUAACCCUUGAGGUGGUCCACCUGGCACGUAACCUGGUCUACUUUGGCUUCUACAGCUUUAAUGAGCUGUUGUGCCUCACACGCACCCUGCUGGCCAUCCUGGACAUUGUCCAACCCACUUACACAUUCAUGUCCAAACUCAACAAGGGCCCAGAGGGAGGUAAUAAUGUCAUGCGCACCAUCCACGGUGUGGGUGAGAUGGUGACUCAGAUGGUGCUGAGCAGAGGCUUGAUGAUGCCCCACUGUCUGCCCGACGCUCAGCCAAUCCACGGCAAGCAGAUCUGUCUCCCUGACAACGAGAACGUCAUGGUGAUGGACACCAAGCUCAGGAUUAUUGAGAUUCUGCAGUUCAUUCUGAAUGUGCGUCUGGAUUACCGCAUCACCUACCUGCUGUCCAUCUAUAAAAAAGAGUUUGGUGACCACACUUUGGAUGCUUCUGCCUCAGUGGCGGAGGUUCCCGUUAUGGCAGAACCUAACAUCGAGGACAUUGCAGAAAAAGCAGAGAAUAUGUUUUCAGGAAGUGCUAAAGAGAGAAGCCCAGUUGACCUCGACGAUGAAGGCGGUCAGACAUUUCUGCGGGUGCUCAUUCACCUCAUCAUGCAGGACUAUCCUCCCCUAGUUUCUGGCUCUCUUCAGCUCAUCUUUAAACACUUCAGCCAGAGAUCUGAAGUUCUGCAGGCCUUCAAACAGGUCCAGUUGCUGGUUUCUGAGGAGGAUGUGGAGAAUUAUAAGAAGAUUAAGGCGAGCCUGGAUCAGCUGCGUCUGACAGUGGAGAAAUCAGAGCUGUGGGUGGAAAAGAGCGGUGGUUACGGCAGUGAAGACAUGGCUGAGAAUCAAAACAAAGAGCAGAAUUUAGAGGAAGCGGGUAUCUUGAGCCCAGUGCAAGAUGGCAACACUAAACCUCAAAUAGACAGCAACAAGGCCAACAACUACAAGAUAGUCAAAGAGAUCCUGCUGAGUCUCAGUAAACUCUGCUCUCCUGCUAAGAAGACUCGCGUGCAGCAGCAGCGGUUGCUGAAGAACAUGGGGGCUCACACUGUGGUGCUGGACCUGCUGCAGAUCCCCUAUGAGAAGGGGGACGAAAAAAUGGACGAGAUCAUGACUCUAGCCCACACUUUCCUUCAGUAUUUCUGCAAAGACAACGUUCAAAACCAGGCACUUCUACACAAACAUCUCAACCUCUUCCUCACACCAGGGCUUCUGGAGGCGAAGACCAUGUGCUACAUCUUCAUGAACAACUAUCACCUGUGCAAUGAGAUCAGUGACCGCGUGGUGCAUCACUUCGUGCACUGCAUUGAGACGCACGGCCGCCAUGUUCAGUACCUGCGCUUCCUGCAGACCAUCGUUAAAGCCGAUGGCAAGUACGUGAAGGAAUGUCAGUGCAAAGUCAUGAACGAGCUGGUGAAUGGUGGAGAAGACGUGCUGGUGUUUUAUAAUGACCGAGCCUCGUUCCCUGCUCUGCAAAGCAUGAUGUGUUCAGGGCUGGAUGAGACGGGGGCUCUGAUGUAUCACAUCACCCUGGUGGAGCUGCUGGCCGCCUGCACCGAGGGCAAAAACGUGGACACUGAGCUCAAGUGCAACUCGCUCCUGCCGCUCGAUGACAUCGUCAAUGUGGUCACGCAUGACGGCUGCACUCCAGAGGUGAAAAUAGCCUACGUAAAUUUCGUCAACCACUGCUAUGUGGACACUGAGGUGGAGAUGAAGGAGAUCUACACCAGCGAUCACAUUUGGAACCUCUUUGACAGUUUCCUGGUAGACAUGGCCACUGUGUCUAUUGGCCCCACAGACAGGAAAAAUGCAGACACAAGCCUUGAAAAAUACGUCACUGAUACCAUCAUGGCCAUUGUCAAGGGCUUCUUCGGCUCCCAGUUUUCUGUCAGCAACUCUAAACUGCAGGCUCAUCAAGCGACUUUUAUAAAGUUGCUGCAGUCAGCCUGUAGACUCUAUAACUGCACGUGGCUCAACUCCCUGCAGAAGACCAACAUUGAGGGCUGCAUUAAAACACUUGCUGAUGUUGCUAAGAGUCGAGCCAUUCCCAUUCCAGUGGACCUGGACGGUCAGGUCAACGCGUUGUCACUGAAGACACACACCAGCAUGGUGCAGCGCGCGGUUAAAGACUGGAGGCUGUCAGCCCGUGGACGACCCCGCAAGGAGCCCUUUGGAGCACAUGAUUACAAGAUCAUUGAAAAACUACAGGGGGUUGUUUCGUAUCUGGAGGACCAGUUUAAUCCACGAGUGCAGGCAGAGUUUUCAGUAUUAGUAGACGUGCUGCACAGCCCAGAGAUGCUGUUUCCUGAGUCUGCUCAGCUGCGCACUGAAGACGGAGCCUUCUUAUCUAAGCUCAUCAAACACACCAAGAAACUAAUGGAGAAAGAGGAGAAGUUGUGCAUCAAGAUCCUACAGACUCUACGAGAGAUGCUGGAUAGGAGAGAGAUGUUUGAUGAGAAGGGCAGUGCACUGAGGAAGAUUCUCCUUGCACACUACUUCGGGAACCACACCAAAGCCCUGGAGUACAGCAGCAGCAACAGCUCAUCAUCUGGAGGUGGCUCUCCGGGACAGGACUCUGAUAAACCAGGAACAAGCUUAGCAGACAGCCAGUGUGUGCUGGACAAUGUCGGAGCGUCCGAGCUGGUCGUCGACCUCAUUGUCAGCACUAAGAAUGACCGGAUCUUUGAGGAGAGCAUUUUACUGGGCAUAGCACUGCUGAGAGGAGGCAAUACACAAAUUCAGAACUCAUUUCACAAUCAGCUGCACAAGCAGAAGAAGUCGGAGAAGUUCUUCAGGGUCUUCUAUGAGCGCAUGGAGCAGGCCCAGAAGGAGAUCCGCUCCAGCGUCUCCGUCAACAUGUUUGAGCUCAGCUGCAGGAAGAGGGAGGAGGAGAGCGAGGGCUCCGGGAUCAGACACAAGAAAGUGCGAGACUCCUUGCACCUCAGAGAAGAGAUGCGGGGUCAGCUUAAAGACGCCUCCUCUGUGACCUCCAAAGCCUACAGCACUUUUCGACGAGAAUGGGAUCCUGACAUUGAGGCAGUGGGAACAACAGGAGACGCGACUGAGGAAGUGGUCGAGGAAAUCCAAAUGAGCCAGGCGAUCACCAUCAUGAAGCCCAUCCUACGCUUCCUUCAGCUGCUCUGUGAAAAUCACAACAGAGACCUCCAGAACUUUCUGCGAGAUCAGAACAACAAAACCAAUUAUAACCUGGUGUGUGAGACGCUGCAGUUUCUCGACUGUAUCUGCGGCAGUACAACGGGAGGCCUGGGUCUGCUGGGGCUCUACAUUAACGAGAGGAACGUGUACCUGGUCAUACAGACACUAGAGACCAUCACAGAGUACUGCCAGGGUCCAUGCCAUGAAAACCAGUCAUGCAUAGCCAGGCAUGAGUCAAACGGCAUUGACAUCAUCAUCGCACUCAUUGUGAAUCCAAUUGAUCCACUGGGAAAGAACCGGCUUGACCUUGUGCUGGAACUGAAGAACAAUGCCUCUAAACUUCUCCUGGCCAUCAUGGAGAGCCGUCAAGACAGUGAGAAUGCAGAAAAGAUCUUGUACAAGAUGAGACCCAAUGAACUGGUUGAUGUGAUAAAGGAGGCUUAUGUUCAGGGAGAAGAAGAGUGUGAAAUUGAUGAUGAAGCUUUGGAUCUGAUCAGAUCUAAGGAUGUUGGCCAUAACAUCUACAUACUGGCCCAUCAGUUGGCAAGACACAGAAAAAACCUCCAGCAGAGUCUGAAGCCUGGCCCAGACCCCACCAUUGAUGGAGAAGCAGCGCUCGCAUACUACACCAACCACACUGCACAGAUAGAGAUUGUCCGCCAUGAUCGCACCAUGGAGCAGAUUGUGUUCCCCGUGCCCAACAUUUGCGAGUAUUUGACAGAGGAGUCGAAAGUACGUGUUUUCACCACCACAGAGCGGGACGACCAGGGCAGCAAAGUCAAUGACUUCUUCCAGCAGUUUGAUGAUCUCUACAAUGAGAUGAGGUGGCAGAAGAAGAUACGAAAUAAUGCACCUCUUUUUUGGGUGUCAAAACAUAUUUCUUUGUGGGGAAGUAUUUCCUUUAACAUGGCUGUGUUGAUCAACUUGGCUGUGGCUCUUUUCUACCCAUUUGGAGAUGAUGGAGAUGAAGGUGUCUUGCCUCCAUUCCUGUCUGUCUUGCUGUGGGUGGCGGUGGUUGUGAGCACCUUCACAUUAUUUGUUCUUCCCCCGCGUGGAGGCAUCCUGGCAUUCUUGGUGACCGUCAUCUUCCGCUCAAUCUACACGCUGGGUUUAGGACCCACACUGCUGCUCCUGGGGGCUGCCAAUCUGCUGAAUAAAAUUGUGUUCCUGGUUAGUUUUGUGGGGAAUCAAGGCACGUUCACCCGAGGGUACAAGGCGGUAAUCAUGGACGUCUUCUUCCUCCUGCACGUCAGUUACGUCAUCGUCUGCAUGCUGGGGCUGUUUGUGCACGAGUUCUUCUACAGUAUCCUGUUGUUCGAUCUCGUCCGUAGAGAGGAAACUCUCCUAAACGUGAUGAGGAGUGUAACUAAGAACGGCCGCUCCAUCUUCCUCACCGCCGUUUUGGCCAUCAUUCUGGUCUACCUCUUCUCCAUUGUGGGCUUUCUCUUCUUCAAAGAUGACUUCCUCAUGGAAGUAGACCACCUCCCUUUAAAGAGGCCAAAUGUGAAUGGGAAGUCUAUGAGCUGUGUGAGUGCAGACUGUGCGGAAUCCCCGUUUAGUCCUGACCAUGUGAAAGAGGAGGAUGAAGACGGCAGCGAGCGAGUGUGUGACACCCUGCUGAUGUGCAUCAUUACUGUCCUGAACCACGGCCUGAGAAACGGAGGAGGAAUCGCUGAUGUUCUGCGCAAGCUUUCCAAAGAGGAGCCCAUGUUCCCGGCGCGGGUUGUGUAUGACCUGCUGUUCUUCUUCAUUGUCAUCAUCAUCGUGUUGAACCUCAUCUUUGGUGUGAUCAUUGAUACCUUCGCUGACCUGAGGAGUGAGAAACAGAGAAAGGAGGAAAUUCUCAAGACCACCUGCUUUAUUUGUGGACUUGAGAGAGACAAGUUUGAUAACAAGACUGUAUCGUUUGAGGAGCACAUCAAGUCGGAGCACAACAUGUGGCACUAUUUGUACUUCCUGGUUUUGGUGAAAGUGAAGGACCCCACUGAAUACACCGGGCCCGAGAGCUACGUGGCACAGAUGAUCAAGGAGAAGAAUCUGGACUGGUUUCCUCGAAUGCGAGCCAUGUCUCUGGUCAGCUCUGAGGGAGAGAGUGAGCAGAAUGAGAUCCGCUCGCUGCAGGAGCGUCUGGACACCACCGUGUCGCUCGUGGCUCAGCUGUCCAGUCAGUUGUCGGAGCUAAAAGAACAGAUGACGGAGCAGAGAAAGAAUAAACAGAGAUUGGGUUUCCUCGGACCACCCCAAAUGAACCAUCAAAUCGCCCCUGCGCUCUGAUGACUGAGAUCGUGCCUGUAAACACAGACAGAUGCAGAGCUUCACACCAUGAUCCACACUACACUCAUGGUGAUCUCACACUUUACAUCAUGACAUGACAGAUCCAGGAACACAAAUGACUACAGACUUCAUUUUAUAAGUCUUUUGUGGUUUAGAUGUUCUAGACGGAGCGUGUUUGUUUGGAAAGUCAGCCAAUAAGGGCUCAGGCACUGUUUUUGUUUUAAGCGUCAAGUAUUAACUCUAUCACUUUUUAAUUGUCGUGUUUAUAACUGGAGUAUUGCUGUAACUCAAACUGGACUUUGGUCUGUGCUGGAAUAACUGGAGGGAUAAAGUGCCUUUAAAUAGUUUCAUAGUUUUUUUUAUAAUUCGCAAUAACGUUAAUGAAAUGUGUAAGACUGGAAACAUUCUCGUGUCCUAAUCAAGACAAUCAUAUCACUCUCUACAAAGAUGGGAACGCUAGUCUUAACUCUUACGUGAUGAUAAUGAUUUUUAAUAAUGUAUUUUAUGUUGAGGUGUGACUAGCAUGUUUGUGCUCGCCUUAUAUAAAGUUGUACAGAAAAUAAUAAAGAAUUUAUAUUUGGUAUUAUAA